CUCAUCAGUUUCAGGAGAUCUUAUUAUAUAACACAUUGAUUUCUAGAGUAACUUAAUCAAUAUUAGCAUUUGAAAAGUCUCUUGAAAGCAAGUAUCUUGCCUCUUGACUAUGCCUUAGAUCAGUGUUUCCCAAAGUGGCAUCAGAAAUCCAUCCAUCCAUCCAUCUUCUGUACCACUUUAUCUUUUUCAGGGUCACGGGGAAACCUGGAGCCUAUCCCAGGGAGCAUCGGGCACAAGGCGGGGAACACCCUGGUCUGGGUGCCAAUCCAUCGCAGGGCACGAUCACAUACACAUUCACACACCCAUUCAUACACUAUGGACACUUUGGACGUGCCAAUCAGCCUACCAUGCAUGUCUUUGGACUGGGGGAGAAAACUGGACUACCCGGAGGAAACCCCCACAACCCCCCGACCCUGGAGGUGUGAGGCGAACGUGCUAACUACUAAGCCACCGUGCGCCCAGGCAUCAGGAAUGCUUACACUUAUUAUUAUUCAGUUUUUGUAGAAAUUACAUGGUUUGAUUAAGCUUAUAAAUAAUGCCACUUGGACCAAAUGUGUGCGGUCAGUGGAACAAAGUUCAGGACCAAAGCUCUACAGUCCAAUUUAUUUUACCAAAAAGCCUAAUGUUUUUACAGUUAUUAUACACUAUAUGUAUUAUACAAAGGAUUAUGGACACCUGAUCAUAACACCCCAUAUUUCCUUGUUGAACGUCCCAUUCCAAAUUUCUUCCCCUCUCCUGUUACAAUAACCACCAAUUUUCUGUGAAGACUUUAUAUUAGAUUUUGGAGCAUUUGUGUUCAUUCAGCCACAAGAGCAUUAGUGAGGUCUAGGUCAGGUGCUGAUGUUGAGUGAGGAAGCUCCAGUUCCAAUUCAUUCAACACAAAGGUGUUCGUUCAUUGGGAUUGAGGUCUGGGAUGUGUGCAGGACACUCGAGUUCUUCCACGCCAACCGUCUCAAACCUGGAACAGGUUUGGGCCUCUUAGUUCCAGAGAAGGGAAACUGUAAAAUGCUACAGCAUGCACAAACAUCCUAGAUCAUUGUGGGGUCCAGGAAGCGUAGCUAGGUGGUCUGUUAUAUAUAUAAAAAAAUAAUAAUAAAUUCUUACAGUGGUGGAAAUCACAUCCCAUAUUAUCAAAGUUAUCAUGUUUUGGGGGUCCAAGCACCAAAGUCAACUUAUUACAAAUGUGGAAAACUCGGGAACAGACAGCGCUAAUAGUAUUUGAAAAUGUUUAUGUAAUAAAUCCAUACUGAGGGAGUCUAUGGAAUUUGUUUUUACAGUUAAAUGGGUCCUUGGCAACAAAAAAAAUUGAGAAUCACCAUUCCUAGACUACUUUGUCGCAACACAUAUUGUUGUGAUGGUCAGGUGUCCACAGAUGUACAGUGUAUUUAUAAUACCUGUACUGUACUGUACUGUAAAGGUUAAAUACGUUGCCUAGCUUGGGCUCGAGUAGUGAUUGUGGGAUUUGUAGUCUUUUAUUAGACCGUACUUUGACUACAAUUAGGAAAUAAAUAGAUGUAUAAGCUAAAUAAAAAAAUAAAUUGUUCACAAAAAAAAGUAUACAGGUGAGAAAGUAUGGAGUCAAUGCAACGUCCGGAAUGUGACUGCAAACCAUGAAACACUAGAAAUUCUUCAAAAGUGACCUUUAUGACUGAAAUUUACUAGCAGACUUUCACUUCCGCUUUCCGUCCCUUCAGGUCCGUGAGCAGCCUUUUGGCGCUCUCUAUUGGCUGAAGACGGCGCGUGCCUAAAAGCACCACCGUUGCUAAGCAACCCUCAACACAACACUGGCACUACUAGCGGGUUCGGUUAAAUAAACCAAUUGGUCAAUUGAACUUUCUGACUUUCAACAGAACUUUCUGCUAAAAAAAAUGGCUAACGUGGUUUUGUCGGAGUUUUUGUCUGAGAUUGGCUGGGACCAAAAUUUCGCCAUUCCUGUGUUAAAUGCUGAGAAUAAGGCUAUAGAGGAUGAGGUCCAGAGGAAACAGAAAGAGCUGGCAAAUGUGGAAAACAAAGAGAGCCAGCACAAGGAGAGGAACAGCGCCGUGACUGAACAUCUGAAAGACGUCCAGCAAGGACGCACUCACACUCAGGCUCUGUGCAGGGCUGUCGAGAAGCAGUCUGAGUCCGAGCUGCAUUUCAACGCCUUGGCCAAGAGAGAGACGGGACGGCUGCUUCAGGAGAUCUCGCAGCUGGAGAAUGAGCUGAUCUCGCUCCGAGAGAAGAAGAACUCUCAGGAGAACUGCAUCUUCAGAGACACACAGAAGAUAGAGGAGCUCAUGGGUCAGCUGAACUGGGACCAGCAGGCCCUGAACGCCUGGCUGGAGGAAUUGGCCCGCAAAGACGAGGACACCAUGGCCAUCAUCAAGUACGCGCAGCAAGACGAGAGCAGGAUUCGCGAGCUCACUCUGAGCAUGGAGAAGCUGACCCUGGAGGCCAAGCAGAAGAGAAAAACGUUGGACAAUGAGGUUACUGAGACCAUCAUGGCGCAGGUGGCUCUGGAGAAGACGGUCGAGAUGGUGCAGCAGGCCCACGUGGAGAGACAGGAGCUGAUCAGCCAGUGGGAGAACUCCAUCAAGCAGAUGAGGAAGAAAGACCAGGAUCUGCAACAGUGUGCUCUGCUGCUGGAAGAGAUGAACCAGGGGCUACGCGAACGCAAAGCGCUCAUAAAAGAGAAGCAGAACUUCCUGGUUAACGAGGUGGAGAAUAACAAGGACUGCGAGAAGAAGAUUGCCGCGGUCGAACGCCAGGCCAACAGGCUGCGGCAACAGUUUCAGGAAGAGGAAAGCAACUGCGCUCGACUUCAAGAUGAGCUGGUGAGCCUAAAAGGCAGGUUGGAUCACACCGCUACAGACCUUGAGGCUAAGAGAUCCCACUUAGCAAGCAUCAAGAAGGACAUCAACGAUAAAAUGGCCAAGUUAGAGGAUGUGCAGCAGUAUAACAUCGCUCUAGAAGAGAAGCAGCAGGUCGUGACCAAGGAGGUGCUUAGCGUGGAGGAGAGAGCCGCUCAGAUGGAGCAGCUGCACCGAGACCAGGAGAAACACCUCAAAGAAAUUGAUGCCCAACUCCAGCGGGAACACAAGGUCCUCUUCCAGAAAAAGCAGGAGCUGCAGACGCUGUGGGCCACCAAGAAGAAUGUCUUAGUAGAUAUCUCAGGCAAUCGUGUGGCUCUGUCCAGCCUGGACAAGCGCUUCAGUAAACUGGACCAAAACGCUCUCAAGCAGCAGGAGAACAUCAGCAGCCAGGAUUUCCAGAUCCAGUUUAUGGAGGGGAAGAUGGCUCGUCUGAGCGGCAACCUGAACAAGGAGGAGAAACAGGUGCUGGAGAAGCAGGUCUCUGAGCUGAGCGAGGCACUGGAGGAAAAAAAGAAGGCAGAUGCUCUGCUUGCGGCACAGCUCAAGAAGCUUCAGAACGAUAUCCGCUGUGUGAGGAAAGAAAAUGAGAAGACGGGAGCAGAAAAGAGAGACCUGACCACAAAGAUCGAGGAAUUGAACCUCGUCGACGACACCUUGGACAAAGACCUGAAGAAACAACUUCUCAAGAAACAGGACAGCAUAGUGGAGAACAAUAUCCUGCAGCUGGAGGUGAAGCGCCACAGGAACAUGCUAUAUGACAAGACGGAUGGUGUCCUCUCUCUGGAGAAGAGGAAAUUGCAACUCCAGACAGCCAUGAAGGAGCGGCAGCAGGAGAUCUGUGUGCAUCGGGAUAUGCACACCAAGCAGCUCAAGAUCACUGAACAGGAGAUGCAAGGGCUGAGGGCCCACCUGCAUGAACGACUGUCCAAAGUUGACAAGAUGAAGAAGAAAUACGAGAUCAUCACCUUUUCCAUGGCUGCACCAGAGGGCGAGGGAGACAACUCGCAGGCCUAUUACAUUAUCAAGGCAGCUCAAGAGAAGGAGGAGCUUCAGCGCAAGGGUGAUGAUUUGGAUGCCGAGAUCCGCAAGGCGGAGAAAGAGAACAAGGCGUUGGAAAACACCAUGCACCUGUUCAAUAAUCAUAACAGCUCCUAUCGCAAAUCCUUCAUUAAGGUCACCGAUUCUAGUCCUGAGUAUCAAGAGAAAUUGAAUCUAGAGGAACAGAAAAGGGCGGCAGACGAGAAGCUCAAGUUCAAGAGACGCCAAAUCAGAGAGCUUCAGGAAAACACUGAGGUGAUGAGCAGCUCAUUGAACAGCCUGCAGCAGGAAGAAGCUACUCAAACAAAAAGAAAUGCAGAUCUCCAAGCAUGCAUUGUCUCCCUGAAGAAAGAGCUCAUUACUCAGCAGGAGAAACUGGACAGGGCCACCAAACAGUCCUCCAAGCUGACAAAGGAGAUCCGCUCUACUAAAAACACCACAGAGGAGACCUUUGAGGAACGUGACAUAAAGCUGAAAGAAUUGAAAGACUCCAAGAAGGCAACCAAUAAGAUGCUUCUGGAAGUCAUGGAGCAAUAUCCUGAACUUCAGGCGACAUUACAGAUGUACUUCAUGCAGCGCGGUCUUUCUCUUCCUUCUUACACCUCAACCCCCUCAAGCAGGAGUUCAAAACUGAGUUCAGCAAGUAGCUCUGUUUCUCUCAGAUCUUCCAGAUCCUCAGGAUCAUCAGCCGACAGCAGCGCCAGAAGCUCGGCAGUUCACUCACCCUCCGUGAAAACGGUUGAGUUAGGCCUUGGACUUCCUGUUUCCUCUACGCUUUUACCUCAGUCUCCUAGCAGUGAUCGCAGCAGAAGCAGUGACAGCAGCAGGAGCAGUAACAGCAGCAGGAGCAGUAAUCUCAAGAGUCCUUAAUCAGCAAAUGCUCCUAAUCUGGGUCCACUCACUGGUCCAAUGACGGUAUCCAGUGACAUGGUAGAAGGAUUCCCACGUGUUCCUGUAUUUUUGAAGUGAUGUGAAUAUAUUUAAAUUUGUCAUUUCAAUUCUGCUUGACUCUAAAUUAAAUCUGACUCCAAUUGUAAAAACCUCGAUG